AUGGAGCAAGGAAACACAGCCGCCGAUAGGCUGUCAUUCGAUCCCUUGGCCCCGGCGGUUCCGAUAUCCUACCCGCUGAAAACCCUCGCGGAGCUGGAGUCCCGUGCCUACUUCAAUUCAUUCCAUUUUCCCUUUAACCAGGCGGCGGCGAAGAUUCCGGCGGGCGGAGGUCUGCCCCGGCGGCCGCGGACUCUGGUGUGCCACGACAUGCAGGGAGGGUACGGGGACGACAGGUUCGUGCAGGGCGGAGCGAAUGCGGAGGCGUAUGCCAUCUGGCAUUGGUAUCUGAUCGAUGUUUUUAUCUACUUCUCGCAUAAUCUGGUCACUUUGCCGCCGCCGAGCUGGACCAAUGCUGCGCACAGGAACGGAGUUAAGGUGAUUUUCGUCUUCCUUUUUAUUUAA